ACUCGGCCACGCGCAAACUCUUUCCGAAGCGGGACGAACUCUCGUGGAGUGACAAGGGAGAGCCUGCUCGGGCGUCGCGAGACCCCUAAAGCUCUCGGCUGCGGAAGCCUCGCGGCUCUAGGCCAUGGCCUGAGGUCGGGGUGAGAGGUGAAAGAGCGGAGGGCGGGUGUCCCGGAAGUCCUUCCCCGGUUCCAGGAGCCUCCUCGAACCCCAAUCUCCAUGGGAACAGCCAACCGAAAACACUAGGACUACGGAGCUGCGGGAAGAGCAGUUUUUGCCAUCAAAUGACUUUUGAGACCAGUUGCCACGUCACCCCUCCAAAGAGCCAUCACUUUCUGGAUCAUCGGGAAGUCUGUAGCAUGUCAUACAUCUCACAGAUGACCUAAGAAUCUGGCCAGAGUCCAAGAUGCAGUUUCUACAGCUGCAAUGAGAGGGCAGCGAUGGUGAGCCUAUGGCACAAGUGUCAAAGAUGGCAUGCAGAGCACUCUCUGUUGACACAACUCCACCCCUCCAUCCCUACUAGAAAGGCAGAGGGACUUGGAUGGAGCUGCUCCCCUCCUCCUCUCCAUUGCACCUGAUGACAUCUUUUCACAUCACCCCUCUGCCCAGCAGCCCAAUGGGAGGGCUUCCUCCUUCCCCUGUAUUGCUUCUUCUAUGUUCACUUGGUAUGUAGAAUUCACAUUCCUUGUAGUAGGCCUACCCAAAACAGAAGAGACCAGUUUUCUAAAUAUAUAUACUUGGUGAAGCAAAAGUCGUUUUGUUGCAAUACAAGAUAUCUCCAGGUUACUUACUAUGUCUUUGACCAAUGCAACAAAAACAAAAGUAGAUGACCCUUACCUUCAGGCAGUAUUGGAAGAUGGUGGUAAGCCAGCAGCAUGUAAUGGAAACCUCGGCACUGGUGACUUUUCCAGGGUCAGUAACAACAGUACUGGAAGCAUUGAUUAUAGCAAAACUCAAGGUUCAAGCAGAAACUUUAGUUCUCAGUGUGAUUAUUCAGAAGAUUUUAUCUCUGAAAAUUCUGGAACAGCUGGUAAUGGCAGUUGUUUAGAACUGUUUGAGGCAAAAGUAGUAAAGAAGGAAGAGAAGAAAAAGAAAAAUGUCUGUAAAGUCUCCCAACUUAAAGGAUUCAAGGAAAUUUCGCCUGAAAAACUUCAGAACUGGAAUGCAGCUUUAACUUCUCAGAUUAAUAUAAUUACCCAAAGAAGAGAUGCUAUGGCUCAUCGAAUCAUGUCAGCACGGCUUCAUAAGAUUAAAGAACUGAAAAAUGAAUUGGCGGAUAUCCAUCGCAAGCUAGAAGCAACCGUCUUAGAAAACCAACUGCUGAAACGACUUCAAUUCAGGCACUUGAAAGCUAUAGGAAAAUACGAAAAUUCACAAAAUAACUUACCCCAGCUUAUGGCUAAACAUCAGAGUGAAGUAAAAAACCUAAGGCAACUUCUUAGGAAAUCUCAGGAGAAAGAAAGAAAUGUGUCCAGGAAACUUAGAGAGACGGACAAUGAGUUGUUAAAAACCAAAGAUUCCUUGAUAACACUGCAGAAACUUUCUGAAGACAAAAAUCUUGCCGAGAGAGAAGAACUAACACAAAAAUUGUCUUCCCUGACCACAAAAAUGGAGGCCAAUGACAAAAGAAUACAGAGCUUAGAAAGACAACUGAGAUUGAGUAGUAAUGCCUUUAGUCGUCAAUUAGCUGCUGAAAACAGAAAGACUAUAACAGCAAAAGCUACUACAAAGAACCUCCAGAUGGAAAUAAAACGUCUUCAACAAAAACUUAAGGAAAAAGAUCGAGAACUUGAUAUAAAAAAUAUAUAUACUAACCGGUUCCUUAAAAAUUUAUAUGACAAAGAUGACCAAACAAAAGUUUAUUUAGCAAACAAAUCUACACAAGCAGAGAAGAAAACCCAUCUAUUUCCACAUAUAGUUACUGUACAUCAGGUGAAGCAAAAUACAGAAGACAUAUCUCUGACAGCUAAGGAUGAAAAAACUAUAAUAGAUGAUGUUGAAAAAGAAAAACCAGUUUUUAUCAAUAGUGAAGUAAUCUAUGAUAUCAGUAAAUUACCAACCCAAGAAGAUCCUGAAAAAAUAUAUAAAGAAGGUCAAAUAUGCAUCUGGAAAAUGGAAGCCGUUGGCACAACUCAGAAAAUUCCAGAUAUACAAGAUUUACUACUGAAGGAAGACCUGCGCCGGGAGUUACAAAGCCCUCCGGAGAGCAACGGAAAGCCAAGAGAGAAGAGAGAAGACGUAGAAAAGAAGCUUAUUUUAUUGAAAGAACAAGAGACCUUAGCAAAAAUAGAGCACGUCGUGGCUCCGUUGCUAGAAAGCAAUCCACAGAAUGCAGGGAAGGAGAGGUUCAAAAGUAGCGCCCCCCCGCAGGACCCAGAGGAGCUGCAGAACAAGUAUGUCAUCCAGAACAGCAGAAUCCCCCUCCGGCAAAGAAAGCAUUACUCCUUCACCGAAGCCAUCGAAAACUUGCACCAAGGACUCCCCACUUCCGGGCCGUGUAACGCAGGGAACACCCGCAACAGUCAAGCCCUGAGCAAGCAGCAAGGCAGUGCACUGGACCUGAAGCUGGAAAACUCCCCCGGGGGAUAUGAGCCGUCCUUUGGCAAGUCUUCCAAAAGCAAGGCCAAAGACUUCUGCGCUGAGAAGAGUGGGAACGCCAUUAAUACGACUUUGAAGGACAGGAAAAACAACCUGAUGGAAGAACUCUUUGGCUCGGGCUGUGUUCUAAAAGCCAAUCCCUCCCACGCUGACUACAAACCGUCCAAUAAGGGGAAAGAGAGUCUGCGAGCCGAUCUGACACCUGAUCCUCCUAACGGUCAAUCAACGGCCAUUAACGCUUUUGGAGAUUCUAAGUACGCCACCAUAAUUUAUAGCAGCUUAUAUCAGAACAACCGAAGGAAGAAUUCCUCUGUAACAGAAACAGAUGAGGGCAACUUGAAAAGGAGCAACAAAACCAGGAAAUGACUCUGCUGCUAAAAGUUGUUUUUGACAAAGAAAAUGUACAGCGAUUGCCGAGUGUUGGCCUCACAAGCUUCUUUUUCAGAGAUUCCCCUUAUCUGGCUUAAAUGGACAUCAUAUUUUAGGAUUUGAAGACACAAAUGAGCAAUAUUCAGCAUUUUUAUUAGUGUCCCUCUGGCUUUACCGCACAUUUGUAACCUUCCAUCUGGUCUACUUUCACUUAUCUUUAUUAUAAAAAAAUUAAAAGUAGAAGCAACAAA